UAUAAAGGAAUGUCAAGUUUGAUGGAAAAAGCCUCAAAACUCCAUUUCCAGAGAGGUUUGUGAUUACCAGUUGAAGUAUUCCUCUGUUCCCAAUAGGGAAAGGCAACUGGUAGAGAACUCUCCAAAAGACGCUCCUUAUUUCCUGAUCAUUGCACUUGCCCUGUGAUGCAUGUUUGGAGUUAGAAGCAUUAAGCUUGCAAAAAACCUCCAAGCCUUCAUUGGAGCUCCUAAAUAAAUUUAAUUUUCUCUACAGGUAAACCAUCUGCUCAACUGAUUACACUAGAAGAUGCUGUGAAUGGAUAAAUAGAAAUUACUGCCCUCCCGUCAUCUUAAUCAUGUACGACUCUGAAAUAACUUGAGUCAGCUUGCUUGAUCCCUUGAAGACCAAUGAAACAAGAAAAAACUCCUGGAGAUGAUGGAGAGGUGGUGGAGCGUGCAUGUCACGCUAUGUGUGGGUUUGAAGUGCCUGCAAUAUGCAAACAAAUAAAGCAAAAACAAUUUCAGCACAGAAAGGAACUGCGUGUCCCACAGUUUGGGGUUGGUACCUAAUUAUGAACUCAAGCACGGGAUGCCUAACACCCCCCCAGGCAAUGGAAGGAGUUGUAUAAAAGCUCGCUCUCCUUGAGGUCCUUCUAUCCACUUCUCUCUCCUCACUCGCCUUCGUGAACUGGGUAAGUCAGAUUUCUUUCAAGCUGCAGAGAUUAACUUGUCACAGACCCUUGGUUUGAACUUAGAAUCAAGCACUCUUUAUAUCUGUAGACUGAGGCUGUUCUGUGAUUGAUUGUUUAUGAAAAUAAUGUUUAUUUUAUUCCAUUUACAUGGGAGCCCUCAUGAAGCCAGGCUCCAGAAAACAACUCUGAGGGUAUUUCAAGCAGUUCUGAUUUCCAAGGCUUCUAACAUCUUUAUGCUGAAAUGGAUUCCCUUGACUAUCUAUGACUCUACAUACUAUUUUAAGAUAAAGAAUAGUUCAUAUACAUAGGCAGAAUGUUGGCAGUGUUCAACAGAGUUCUAUACUACAGAGUUUGUAGCAAACAAGUAGAUCCCAACUAGUACUAUAAGACUGAAAUUAACUGCAAACAACAAAAAAUCACUUUUGAAAAGCACAGGAAUUUGACACAUUAAGGAUAAGACUGUUCUUCAAACUACAGUGCAAAGAAAGGAUAGUAAUAGCAUGCACACUUCCCAGGUUUGUUACUGCUGGACUGCUUCAUUGCAAUCUAGUUUCUCCAUAUUACUUUAAUGCUAAUAUAAAGGUCUGUGUUUUGCAGAUUAACCUCCAUUCCUACAAGAUGUCCUGCUAUGACCUGUACCCCACCAACAUUGGUGGCAUCAGCCGCCCCCAGCCCAUUGCUAACAGUGGGAAUGAGCCAUGCGUCCGGCAGUGCCCUGACUCCACAACUGUGAUCCAGCCACCUCCUGUUGUUGUCACCUUCCCUGGACCCAUCCUCAGCAACUUCCCCCAGGAUUCAGUUGUGGGAUCCUCAGGAGCACCCGUCUUUGGGGGCUUUGGGGGCUCCUCCCUGGGCUACGGGGGUCUGUAUGGCCAAGGAGGCUCCUCCCUGGGCUAUGGGGGUCUGUAUGGCUAUGGAGGCUCCUCCCUGGGCUAUGGGGGUCUGUAUGGCUAUGGNGGAGGCUCCUCCCUGGGCUAUGGGGGUCUGUAUGGCUAUGGAGGCUCCUCCCUGGGCUAUGGGGGUCUGUAUGGCUAUGGUAGAUCCUAUGGUUCUGGCUAUUGCAGCCCUUACUCCUACCGGUACAACAGGUACCGCCGUGGCAGCUGUGGGCCCUGCUAAGCCAUGUAUGAAUAUUCCCCUCGUGGAGAAGAAUCAACAGAUGAGAUGCAAUUGGUUCCCAACUGAAGAGCUCCAUGUUGCUCUGAAUCAAGACCAUUGAGCUGUUUCCCUUCACCCCCUAUCAACUUUCUCCUACAAAUUCUGCUUUCAGUUUCCAAUAUAAUGCUUCUCCCUUCAUGUUUCCAUCAUACCUUGGGUAAAUGUAUGAAAACUGCAGAUAUUAUUCCUGGUUGUUUAGAUAAACUAAAGCAUGGGGAGGAAAAUGAAUCAUGUGAAUGUAUCCCUUGCUGAAGACCAGUGCCUUAUUGUCUUGGAGACUCUGAAUAUGUAUUAAUUUCUCAGCACCAUUAAAAGUUUACUGCAUCAAACUUGCAAAUUUCUGGUGUUCUUCUCUCAUAUUUCUAUCCUAUUUAUUUGUUUAUUAAGAAGUCUGCAACACUGAACAUCUACAUCACAUAGAUGAAAGCCCCAAAAGUAAAU